ACAAGAAAUUUGUGGAGUGGUUGAAAAACGAGUUUUAAUGACUCCAACCUAAGUGUAUGUAAACUUCCGACUUGAACUGUAAAUGGUUGUAUCUUUUUAUAUGUGUACCAUAUGUUUGAGACAAUGGCAGCUUUUUGGGGGGUUUUACAUAAGAAUGUGUUCAUACCACCUUCAUUUCAUCAUCAACCCUGAUGAUUUGUAAGGUUUAAUUUUUACAGCAUUUGUAUUGAUAUUUUUUUGUAUCAAUUCAUGUUGUAAAUACAUUUGUAGAUUGCUGUUAUGAUGUGAAUGUUUUUAAUAUUUCAUAAUUUUAGGACUAAAUUGUUACAGGCUUUUUAAUAAAUUAUCUCUCUUGAUAUGAUGCAAUGUGGCUAUAGUGUGCGUGCGUGGGUGUGUGAUGUGUUGGGUUGUGAGUUCUCUAUGUCAGUCACUUCUGUAGAAACGGGGGUGGGUGGAAAACGGAAGUGAAUGCCAACUGCAACACUUCUCACUUCUGAUCAUAAAAAGAACAACUCAGACUUCUACAGCAUAGACAUAAAUAAAGUAUCAACUUCUUUCACCAAUUUCUUUAGACUAGAAUCCCAUUGUUAGUUACAUGAGGCAUGUAUUCUUUUUGAUGAUAUAUUUUUUUUACUUACUUCCCCAUCCCUCUCUGCAUUUAGCAGAAAUACUACGUAUUUUAAUUUAUAGUAAUAUUGGAAUGACAAUUACACUUUACAUUAAUAGAAUUUCAGAGAAUUCAUGCUGAAUGUAUAAUUAUCAAAGGAAUAGUGUGGAAUAACCUUUUAUACAGUACUUGUGACUUUGACAAACUGUUUUUUGACACGUACAUUAACAAAUAGCAGAAUCGUAACCACAACGACAGCGGAAGUAGCCUUUGCCUCAACUCUGUAUGUAGGAGAAUGCAGAACAGUAUCCAUUUUGAAGGUUCCAUUUGAAUAUGGCAUGUGUAGUUCUCUCUCUCCUAACAAUCUUACCGGUGGUGAUGGGAGAUACCACCGGUUACCUGGGAGAUUCUGUCACCUUGUCUUCUGGAGCCAACAUAUCCUGGGGCUUGAGCAAGAUAGAGUGGUCCAUAUUCAAGAACGUCACCUGGAUUGCAACUUACCAGAAAUCUACAGAAAGUCUCAGAACAGACCGUUUCUGGCAGUUUAAGAGUCGUCUGAAACUCAACUUCUCGUCUGGGGACUUAGAGAUAAGAGAUGUGAGGAAAGAAGAUUCCCUGGUUUACUCUGUUCUUCUUCAAGAUAGUGCGGGAGAACAGCAUAACAAAAAGUUCCAGCUCACUGUGACGGAGCGUCUCAGUAAGCCCAACGUCCAUAAGGUCUUCAGCGUGUUGAGGGAGAGCCACUGUGUGAUGGCUCUUCAGUGCUCCUCUUCACAGAAGGACACCCACCUCUCCUGGGAACCAGUGGCUGCGUUUAACGAUCCCUUCUGGAGAGGGAAUCCCAACACCAACGUCUCUGUCGUCUGGACGUCUUACAGCCCCAACAGAGAUGCCAACUUCACCUGUACUGCCAGCAAUGGGCACUCUAAAGCCUCCAGGGUUGUGACGGAGAGAUGCCAAGAGGAACAACCCAAGCCUGACGUGGUGGGAGAGACCCGCAUCCCUGGAAUUGCUUUUGGAAUGUUGCUCUUAGGAUUUUUGUUUGGAUGUGUUUUUACAUAUAUUUAUUUUAAGAAGUCAGAGGGCUUUAAAUGACAACUCAUUUAAAUGUUUAUCAUUUCACAGUGCCUCUAGAAUCUGAUGUUGAUCUUCUUCAUACAGUGGGGAGAACAAGUAUUUGAUACACUGCCGAUUUUGCAGGUUUUCCUACUUACAAAGCAUGUAGAGGU